GUGGUUUCAUGCAGACAGAUGUAUUAGACAACUUCCUGUUAGCACCAGCCUUGCUGGCUGCUUUGGUUUCAUUUACACGGAAACAGCAACCUAAAGGGAGUUACCUCUGCUCCUACACAAACAAAGAGCUCAGACACAUGACAGCAACAGACUAACGCAGGAUGUUGAAGACAGGAAGAAUCACGAGCUGCUGUGUGGCUCUCCUCCUGACCCUAACCUCUGUGUUAGCUGGAAAACGGGCACUGAAUUCAAUCAGUGAUCUUAAGUCAAUCGACUUUGGACAAACGGUGCCCAAACACAGCCUCCUGUUGCUCCACUGGUUUGCUAAUGAAAUUGACAUUGACAACAACAACAUCAUCCUGCUGACCUUUGACCCAAAUAGUGGAGAAUUCGGCUCACAUCAUUACGGAAACUACGAGAGGGUGUUAGACCCACUGCCGAGGGGAUACCGAUACUACACUGUUGGCAACAUCAAUCAACAAACAUCGCUGCCACUGCCAUAUUAUGUCAUCCACCCACGGGCGGAGUACCCAGCGAGAAACAGGGACAGGAUCAUAUUCAGGGUCAGGGAGCAGAACGUGGGACGCCAAACUUCACAAAGGAUCGAUCAAGUGUAUAUCACACAGCAUUAUGAGCAAUCUGAAAAUCAGGGCACGAGGUAUAAUCCAGAGCAUACAUAUCAGGUCACUACCAAUCUGCUGACGGAGAUCAGAGAGUUUUCUGUGGAAGAAAAUGACAUGAGCUCACUGACGUAUCUCAGAGACCGCUUUGGAAGCCGUGCUGAUGAUUCCCAACUAUGGCAGAUAAGAAACACGUGGGGUGAGCUUGCUUGUCUUGGGCUGUUUUUGUUUAUUGUGAUCCAGGAGAAGUAUUCCACUCACAAACGCAACAACAGACCUCAGCCAGCACCAAGAAGGAACACACAAACUGAUUUUGUGAUCAAUAUCCCAGAGAGCAGGCAUAAUAAUCCUGUUGGAAUGUUUGCUCAAAUUCAAGCGGAUCAUAGAGAUGAGAUAACACUGAAGGUGACAACUGGAAAAAAGGGAAAGGCCAGAAUUAUUUGGAGCGAUGUUCCUAGACAUCUUCUUAAAGAAGGUGUGAUGGUGGCACUUUACAAGAAUGAUCAGGAAGAGGACGCUCUCACUUAUAAAUCUAUUGGGAACAGAGAGUCGGGCAGUUAUGAUACAUCAGUACCCCUGAAUGAAGGCCUUCAGGCACGACUGCAUGAGGUCAGGACUCUAUGUUGCUUCUGGAAAUCAUUAGGAGAUGAGAUAGACAGAGGCAGUGAGUUUAAAAACCCCAAAGCUGUGAAAAUACCAGGUUAUGAUGCUAACCUGCAACUCUUUGCAAAAGACGGCAAGGCUUGCGCUCGCUUAAUAGUGAAUGAGUCUUUCCAUAACUGGACAUCUGAAUUUAAAAAGGCGUGGGUAGGCUUCUAUAGUUCUGAAAAUAAAGCCACAAAAAACCAUGAAUGGUGGCAGUGGCAGUGGGCAACAAAAUUCAAAGAAAACACUGAUUUUCAGGACCUAUUUUAUGAUGUGCACGAGUACGAGUCAGGUAUGACAAUCGCCCCAGGAGUGCAAGCACGCUUCAUUAUGCAGGAUGAAAUAGAGAAAGCAAGAACCUCACCCUGGGGGGAAUAAAGAUAUUGAAACAAAAUUUAAGAUAGAAAUAUUAAAUUAACCUGUACAUACGCCCUUUCAAAUAAUAGCUGAAUGAUUUUUAUUAAAUAAAAAAAGGCAAAAUAAGAUACCAGACCAGUGAUGUCCAUACUGUAUAUUUAAAAGUAGAUUUUUAGUUAAAACAAUCAUAUAGUAGUAGAUGUAAAGGUAUUUCAGGUCCUUCAUCUCUAUGCUGUCUUCUGCUGAAAACAGACAUGAGCCUGUAAGAGCUCAUUGCAGAGAUACUGGUACUAAUGUGCUGUACUUCAUGUGGUCAGAAGUUUUUGUAAAACAGUGAUGAACUGGGUUUGAGUCAAUUAGAAACAAUGUAUUCAUCAGCCCAUAAUCACAGAGCACUGUUAAAUGUCCAUUUAUGGAAAAAGGAGGAAAUCCAUGGGAUCAGUGUUAAGAUUUCUAUGGGACUUUUUUUAUAUGUAUGUGAUGAGAUUAAUGUGACUGUUUUUUCUUUUUACCUAAUGGAAAACGGACACAAUGGCUUCUGUGCGUCUCCAAAAGAUUUGCUGGUGUGUGCGACAUUUUGCCUCUACAUUUUGAAUGUAUUCUGUGUUUGUAUUAUUUUUUCUUCCCUUAUCGAAAAUGCUUUUUGUAAAGACUGAUUUCAACUGUGUAUGACAUGCUUAUGCUGAUGACCCCUUUACAGCAAUGUGGCAUUAAGAUUUGACUCUUAAGGGUUCAAGCUAAAAUCCUGCAGACCUUGCCUUUACGGAGACAUGCCGCAGACUGGACUGGAUAUCACCUGCUGGGAUUAAAGGUCCUAGUGUGUAAAUGCAUUUUUAAAAAACUGUACAAAGUCUUCUGUAACAGCCUUGUCGUUCAUGAUAAAGUGCUGCUCUGCAAAGGCUUUUCAAUGCUCCAGCAUAUCUAGUCAAACAAGCCGCACCUCUGUCUCAGCUGUUUGCACAAGAUUGCAAAAAUAUGAAUUGCCUGGAUGAAUAAAUGUCAUGUGUGUUAAACUGUAAGUGGGUCUAAAGUUUAAUGAAGAACAUCCUGUGAAAAA